GCCCCGGCGGGGCGUCAGCGGCUCCCGGCGCACCAGGGGGACCCCCCGCGCCUCGGGGAGCGCCCUCGCCCGCGGCCCCGCCGCGGCGGCUGCAAACCGCCUCACGCCCCAGGCGAUUUGCCCGUGAUCCGCUGGGCUUCCCGGGGCGGGUGUGCGGGGAGCCCCCGGCGGCGGCGAUGAUGUGAGCGGCGCGGCAGCUGCAGGCCGGUUCCCUCGGGAGCCGGGGCUGAGCCCGGUGGCCGUGGGAGGGAGAGGAGCCGGGCGGGGAGGGAGGAGGGGGCCUGGACGGGGCCGGGGGAGAAAAAGGGAGGAGCGGGGCCGGGGUGGGGGGAGAGAGAGCGGCGCGGGGGGAGCGCUGCCAGCCGGAGGAGCGGCAGCGGCGGGAGCAGCCCGGCGUAACCUGCUCCGCCGCCCGCCGGCGCCCUCCCCGCGGAGGCAGGGACCUGCUGCCGGGUGAUGGAGGAGCAUGGUUACCCUUCCUAUAGCGCCCGCAGCCCCGCCUGGGAGGAACUGGAGUCCGGGAAGAUGGCCGGGGCCGAGUCGGGGAUGAGCGGCGCCGGGGUCCCGCAGCAGCCCCAGCCCCCGGCGGCGGCGGCGGGGCCGGCGGACGAGUCGUCGGACAGCGAAGGGGAGCACGAGGGCCCCCAGAAACUCAUCCGGAAAGUGUCCACCUCGGGCCAGAUCCGCAGCAAGACAAGUAUAAAAGAAGGAUUACUACUGAAGCAAACCAGUUCCUUUCAGAGGUGGAAAAAGCGUUAUUUCAAACUUCGAGGUCGUACCCUUUACUAUGCUAAGGAUUCAAAGUCUCUAAUAUUUGAUGAAGUUGACCUGUCAGAUGCCAGCGUAGCUGAAUCGAGCACAAAAAAUGUCAACAACAGCUUCACGAUAAUCACUCCAUUUAGGAGGCUGAUAUUGUGUGCUGAGAACAGAAAAGAAAUGGAGGACUGGAUAAGCUCUCUGAAGUCUGUUCAGUCCAGAGAACACUAUGAGACCGCACAGUUUAAUGUGGAACAUUUCUCAGGGAUGCAUAACUGGUACGCCUGCUCCCAUGCCCGACCUACCUUCUGUAACGUGUGUAGAGAGAGCCUCUCUGGAGUCACUUCUCACGGCCUGUCUUGUGAAGUGUGUAAGUUUAAAGCACAUAAAAGAUGUGCUGUCCGAGCAACAAAUAACUGCAAAUGGACCACAUUAGCCUCAAUUGGAAAAGACAUCAUCGAAGAUGAAGAUGGUAUAGCUAUGCCUCACCAGUGGUUAGAGGGUAAUCUGCCUGUCAGUGCCAAAUGCGCAGUCUGUGACAAGACUUGUGGCAGUGUUUUACGCCUGCAAGAUUGGAAGUGCCUUUGGUGUAAAGCUAUGGUUCACACUGCCUGUAAAGAUCUGUAUCCUCGUAAAUGUCCACUUGGCCAAUGUAAGGUAUCGAUCAUACCUCCAACAGCACUAAACAGUAUAGACUCUGAUGGUUUCUGGAAAGCCACAUGCCCGCCAUCCUGUGCCAGUCCUCUUUUAGUUUUUGUUAACUCAAAGAGUGGAGACAAUCAGGGAGUAAAGUUUCUUCGUCGAUUCAAACAGUCGUUAAAUCCAGCUCAGGUGUUCGAUUUAAUGAAUGGAGGACCUCACUUAGGUUUGCGGUUAUUUCAGAAGUUUGACAACUUCAGGAUUCUUGUGUGUGGUGGUGAUGGAAGCGUGGGUUGGGUCUUGUCAGAAAUUGAUAAGCUCAGUUUGCACAAACAGUGUCAGUUAGGAGUGUUACCCCUUGGUACUGGAAAUGACCUUGCUCGUGUCCUCGGUUGGGGAGGAUCCUGUGAUGAUGAUACGCAACUUCCUCAGAUUUUGGAAAAACUAGAACGAGCCAGCACAAAAAUGUUAGACAGGUGGAGUAUAAUGUCAUAUGAACUGAAAUUACCAGCAAAGCCUUCUAUUCUUCCAGUAACUGCAGAAGAGUCGGAGGAAUGCCAGAUAUCUGCUUAUGAGGACUCAGUUGCUGCUCAUCUUGCAAAAAUUCUCAAUUCUGAUCAGCACUCAGUUGUCAUAUCAUCUGCCAAAAUAUUAUGUGAAACUGUAAAGGACUUCGUUGCCAAAAUAGGGAAGACUUACGAAAAGCCAAUGGAAAAUACAGAGGAAGCUGAUGCCAUGGCCGUUAAAUGCUCUGAGUUAAAUGAGAAGCUAGACCUAUUGCUCCAGGCUCUUCACACAGAAGCCCAGGCUGCUCCCAUCCUCCCAGGCAUCACUCCGCCCAUUGUGGAAGAAGAAGCAGAGGAGUUUUCAAGUGAAGAAUCCUUAUCUGAAAGUAAAGAGCAAUUAGCAGAGUGUGUCUCAAAGUCUUCCACACAGAAACUCUUCAAACCAAGGGAACAGUUAAUGCUCCGGGCAAACAGCUUGAAGAAGGCUGUAAGGCAGAUCAUUGAACAAGCAGAAAAAGUCGUGGAUGAGCAGAAUGCUCAUAGUGAAGAACAAGUGAACCAGUCUUCACUAGAAUAUAGCAAAGAAUUGGAUGAAUCCAAAGAAGAGGAAAAAGAGGAAGAUACAAAGGAGCUUGAGUCCCCAUCAAUUAAAACUGCACCAAGAUCUCCAGAUCGACGUACAAGCCGAGGUAUCCAUUCUCAGACGGGCUCUUUCUCUGCUCCAGCUUUGGCUGCAAGCAAGGAAAACCUUCCAGUGCUUAACACUAGGAUUAUCUGCCCAGGUUUGAGGGCUGGUCUCGCUGCUUCUAUUGCAGGAAGUUCAAUUAUUAGCAAAAUGUUGCUAGCAAACAUCGAUCCAUUUGGUGCUACACCAUUUAUCGACCCGGAUCCAGAUUCCCUGGAGGGAUAUUCAGAAAAAUGUGUCAUGAACAACUACUUUGGAAUUGGAUUAGAUGCAAAAAUUUCACUAGAAUUUAAUAACAAGCGAGAAGAGCACCCUGAAAAGUGCAGAAGUCGGACGAAAAACAUGAUGUGGUAUGGAGUUCUUGGCACAAAAGAGCUACUGCAGAGAACUUACAAGAACUUAGAACAAAAAGUUCAACUUGAGUGUGACGGACAGUACAUCCCCCUUCCAAGUCUGCAGGGCAUAGCUGUGCUAAACAUUCCCAGCUAUGCUGGUGGGACUAAUUUCUGGGGUGGAACCAAAGAAGAUGAUAUAUUUGGGGCUCCAUCAUUUGAUGAUAAAAUCUUAGAAGUUGUUGCUGUAUUUGGCAGCAUGCAGAUGGCAGUUUCAAGAGUCAUCAAACUCCAGCACCACAGAAUAGCCCAGUGUCGGUCAGUAAAGAUCACCAUACUUGGUGAUGAAGGGGUUCCUGUGCAAGUCGAUGGAGAGGCAUGGAUCCAGCCCCCAGGAGUUAUUAAGAUCAUACAUAAAAACAGAGCUCAGAUGCUAACGCGAGACAGAGCCUUUGAAAACACCCUGAAGUCUUGGGAAGACAAACAGAAGUAUGAUUCCUGUAAGUCUGUCAUUCGAUCUCCCUUGUACCCUCAGCAGGCUGUUGAGUUGGCUACAGAAGAAGAGGUUGCACAGAUCCAGCUGUGCUCACAAGCUGCAGAAGAGCUUAUCACCAGGAUCUGUGAAGCAGCAAAAAUACAUGGCCUCUUGGAGCAGGAGCUUGCUCAUGCUGUUAAUGCAUGUUCACAUGCAUUAAAUAAAGCCAACCCAAGGUUUCCUGAGAGCCUUACCAGAAACACUGCCAUGGAAAUAGCGGUCAAUGUGAAGGCCCUACAUAAUGAAACUGAAUCUCUGCUAGUAGGAAGAGUUCCUUUGCAGUUAGAAGCUCCCCAUGAAGAACUGAUGUCUGAUGCUUUGCACAGCGUGGAAAUAGAGUUGAGAAAGCUUGCUGAGAUUCCUUGGCUUUAUUAUGUUUUUCAACCAAAUGAUGAUGAGGAUCCUCCUCUGGAUUACGCUAAAAGAAACAACAGAAGUACAGUGUUUCGCAUAGUGCCAAAGUUUAAAAAAGAAAAAGUUCAGAAGCAUAAGACCAGCCCUCAGCCUGUUCAAAAAUGGGGCACAGAUGAAGUUGCUGCUUGGCUGGAUCUGCUCAGUUUGGGAGAGUACAAAGAAAUCUUCAUCAGCCAUGACAUCCGAGGCUCUGAGCUUUUACAUCUGGAAAGGCGAGAUCUUAAGGACCUGGGGAUAACGAAAGUGGGUCAUAUGAAGCGAAUUCUCCAGGGAAUUAAGGAGGUCGGCAAGAACGCUCCUUUGUCCGAAGUGUAGUUAUGCUGGUGCUCUCCCUAGAGAGAAAGGAAAGUUGCUGGAGAAGCAAAGCUGUUGCAGGCACUUAGCUGUCUUUAUAGUUUACUCUAUGGAAAAAUAAGCACUGGUGUUUGUACAGGCUAGUAUCUGAAUUCUUGUGUGGUGAAGAGCUUGCUGUGAUAGUAUGAAAGGAUUUGUGCCAAAAAAAAAAAAAAAAAAAAAAGGAACAAGUGGUAUGUUUUGCGAAGACAUUUUCUUGGUGUGCCAACUUGGCCAGUUUGGAUAAGCACAUUUUGAUAAAUCGAUUGGUUUAUGGUGAACUGCGCUCACUGGAAAAUAUAAUCAAGAAAUGAUUGCUUUGCUUACAUGCAGCUUAGUAUGCCUCUUCUUAUGCUGCAGCAAGAUACCAUUGUACAGCACGAGGUUGUCUGGUUAUCCUUCCGAGGCGUAGCUCCGUAAAACCUUCUGUGCAGGAGACCGAGAGGUUUUGGAGCUUCAACACAUGAGCCUAGCAGUGCCACAGGUACCCAGCACUUGCUGGCCACACAGAAGGGGGGAGAGAUACCUUGCGAUACCAUGAAUGCAAACUGUAAUGCAUGGUAUGCCUGCCUGAAUUAUCUGUUGUUCUGUUGCAUGACACAUCUGAUACUUUAAACACUUGAACAACUUUUAUAUCAGUUUGAAUGAGGUUUAAUCUAUUACUACUUGAGUGUCUUUUUUAUUUUCAGUUUCAGGCACUUUUCUAUUCUUCAGUGUUGUGUUAUGCCUAAAAUGUGUUCUACAGCAAAGGAUGUGUGGGUGUGGAAACUUAGCAUUUGUGCCAUAUUCAGCAGAUUAUAUGCAUUAUAUAUGAUUGAAACAGUGUACAGUUAGAUUUUAAAAUAUACCAUGUACAGAAGGUAUAUCAGGUAACUAACUUAUGAGUAUUCUUGAAAGACUGGUACCUCACAAAAAUAUCAGUUGGCUUCCUGCAUGGAAAAUGAUAAAGAAUUUUCUCAUGGUGCAUUUUGAUGUAGUCAUUCAGUUAUCUUACACAUCUGUAGCAUAUUUGAACUUCUAGGCACUAAUGAUUUUAUUUAUUCUGUUGUUCAAAAGGCAGAUUGAAAGAUUAAUGGAAAUUUUUUAUAGGAAAAUUCAUUUAUUUAUCAUACAUAAGAGUUCUAAAAUGUAGCAGCUAAUUUGAUUUUUGUGGGGUAAGCUUUUACUCAUUGCUAAUUAAUUGUUAAUUUAAAAAGUCUCUGUAUGCAUUUCUUUACAAAGGCAUCAACUUGUUUCUUGUCAGCACUCCUACAUUGGUAGAUCAUAAAAUAUAAAAUACAAGCUCUAAGGUUUUCCACUAUGCAUGCAAAGAUGAAUCACAUGCAAGGUAGUAAUCCAUGAGUGUAAACAGGUUAAAAAAUGAAAACCAUCUUUGUUUAGAAAUUGCAUUAGACCAGAGUUUAUAAGGUUAUUUACAAUUUACUUAAAUGAAACAUAGCUUCAUAAUUGAUUUUCCUGGUUAAUUUUUCACAAAAAAUAUUAAUCUAGUAGAAAAAUAACUUGCAUAUAGCUAAAAAAAAAACCUACUUAAAUGUUUGAGAUGAAAUUAUAUUGUACCACAGAAAACUUGCACAGGAUUGCUGUCUCCUUCCUGUUCCUAACAUGUCAUUGCGGCAUGAGGAACACUUGACUUUUACUUAAGUAGCUUUGACAUUUCUGACUGGUUAAAGAGUAUCUUGAUAUAUAUUUAUGUUUUCCUUGUAAGCAUCAGAGUAAGGUUUCAUUUCUUCUUCCCAAAGCUUAUUUUCCCCAUUCAAAGGGGCCAAUGUCAAGUACUACAUCCUGGUUUUGCCCUCCCGUUCUCAUGAGUAUGAUGGGCAUCGUCCCUUGGAAAAUAGAUGGGUAUUGUCCCCUGGAAAGUAAAAUCUAUUCCCCUCAUUGCUCUACUGAAAAAAAAAAAAAAAAAUAAUCAAAAGGAGCAAACCAGGCCUCAUUUAUAUCCACUUAUAGUACUAUGUGCUCUUGCUGCUGUAGGCUCAACAGGCACCAUUCUGGGAGCUCUGUGGACAUAACUGAUUGUUCUGGUAAACGAACAAAAGUAAAAGGCUAUGUUCCAUUAGGUUUUCCAUAAAAACCAAACCAAAAUCCCUUUGCCAAGUGACAUGAUUUUCAUGCUGUUUUAUGAAAAGCAUAUGGAAACAAUGGAAAGUUAGGCAAACAGUGGUAGAUUAUAAAUAUUUAUUAAUGUACUUGACAUUCACCCCUUUAAUGAUGUUCAGAUGGCAUCUGUCAAGUCUUCGCAAGUUGUAUUUCUUUUUCUCUUUGUUUCUCUGUAAGCUACGUUCUAUUUUAAUGUGUGGCAGCAUUCUAAAAUACAAAUGUUACGGUAGAUGGCAUAGUUAAUCUUCCUGGUUGAUUCAAAGACAUAAUACAUUGAAGAACUUUCUUUGCUUUCCUGACUGUAGGAUACACUCUCUUUACAACUUUCAGCCUUGCUAUACGCAACGUUAAGAUGGGCUAUGGAACAGGAUCUCUUCAGAUCACUGUAGAGUCUACGCUGAGUAUAUUAAAAAAUUGGGAGCUGCUUUUAGGCAGGGAAAAUGGGCAAAUAUUGUUUGUAAUGCUACUUUCUUAUGGCACUCCUCAAAUUACCUCAGUAUAGGACAACUGAUGAAUUGUCUUUGUAUAGUUCAUUUUUUUUAGAUGACCACCAAAGAAUUUAAUAUUGAUUGUCCUAAGCAGAAGGGUUUUUUUAAACGUGCAAGUAGGAAAAAAAAAUUAUAAGCAUCAUUUAUGCUGUAUUUAUUAGAUGCCCAGAAGAGCAAAUUUUAUGCAACUUUAUGCCUUAGACGAGUGUUGGCUAUGAAAUCCAAAUGCGUCUGACAAGGAGGCUCUUAACUAUUUUACAGGGUUUCUCUGCCGAGGUCAUGGGUCAUAACUGUGUUUAGUGAUGAGGCUUUUCUAAAAAAAAGACUUUUGAACACAUUGUUACUAUCUCAUGAUUAUUGUAAUUUCCAAGUAUUUGGGUUUUUUCCUUACUGCUGUAAAAGUCCCAGCUCCUAGAACUAAGGACACACAUAGCUACAUUUUUAAUGAACUUAAUUCUUUAUAAUUUUAUCCUGAUGUUUAAAGUGUUUCAAAGCAUAUAUCCCAAUAUUUCAACAAAAAUAAGGUAAACACAUCCCCUGACAGUACUUAGUUUUUUAGAAAGCAAGUUAUCCCAAUAGAUCUUGUGGAGGCCUAUUCAACAUGCUAGAUUCAUCAAGACAAAAAAUCACUAUACAAAGUUCACUGGAUGAUUUUUUUAUUCCUCUAGUCAAAUAAACUUAAUUUCUGUAGUCACCCAGCAUACCUUAAAAUUUGAAAGGAAUACAAAGUGAUAGGCUUUUUUUUUUUUUUAGUGGUUGGUAUUCAUAUAGAUGAAAUGCCCUACACCUCAGAAAGGAGAAGAGGAGAAAUGCAUAUUUUAAAAUGGCAGCAAAUUGCCAAGUGCAUGUUUCUGUUUUGUCAUUUUCCAAUAGGAUUUUUCCAGUUCAUUGUAUUCAAUUGCUGUAGCAACCUCUGAUUCCAGUCAUGCAAGUAUUGCCUUUAAUGCCUAAUGCCGCCUUCUUAGAAACAGAAUGAUAUCAGGCAAAAUCAUGGUUGUAGGUGUUGGGGUUUUUUUAGAAUACUAUAAAGAAAAAACUUGUUCAAAAAUGAGUAUUUUUAUACGAUGGCAAUUGCAAAUUUUCUUUAUGAUACAUUUUUAUGUAUUUCCCCAUAACCACUAUUUUUUUCGUGAAUAUCUCUUUCAAAAAAAAAUAAUAUUUUACACGUGGAAGAACAGUAAAAGGAAAGCAUGUAAUCAAAAACCCUCCCAGGUUAUUUCAAUCCAGUAUUUCUUGCUUAGAGGCUGGAGUAAACAUGCUUGGUCCUGUAAAUAAUAAAUAGAAAUAAUCUUUCACUCUCCAUCCCUGCCCAAAGAAAUUUGUACUGCAAUGUUGUAUAGCUGUAAUUCAAACAAAAGGAAUUGAUUUUUUUUGUAAUGGUUCCUUUCAUAUUUUCCUACGAUCUUUAUAGAGAUAUGGAUAACCUGCCAAUUCUGACUUUUUCAUUGAACUCAGUGAUGCUAAUUCACUUAAUGAAAAUUUCAUAAUGCCUUGAUAAUGAGCAGAUCUUAUUUCAAGGGUAAAAUUAUCAGUGUUUUUCAAUGCGUCUAGUCUUCCUUUUGGGAAAACUGGCAGGAGGCCUUUUUCACAUGUAAUGGAAAAUGAAUACAUAAAGCAAAUAUGAGAGAAUGUUCCAUAGUCCUACUUUAGAAAUACAUGUAAAACUAUGUAUUGUCCAUAGAUAAUUCUACAAUGGACAUGUAAGACAAAACCCCCCACAGUGAUUCCAUUUUGCUUGAUGCUUCUUAUUAAUGAUUGGACUACUAAUGUUUACUCCUGUUUCUCCAUUGCUCUCUCUGUGCUCCUAAGUAUUGAGUUCUUGCAUGUAAGUUUGACAGCUCUGGUAACUAAUGAUCAGCAGUGCAAAAAGUCUUUGUGAAAGGUAAAGUCACAAGUGAUGUAUAUCAUUGAGGAUAACUGAGCUGGAGCAAAGUAUUUAGCUUACAGUCAGGAAAUCAUCUUGUCACUUGUGUGAGAGCCAUAUAAAAUUAUAUGACUAAUAACAUAAUUUUUUCACCCCAGUAACAUAAGUACCUCUCCACUGCAGUGUCCUGAGUAGCACAUUUAUACCAUGAGCUCUACUAUUUUUUUUUUUAUUCUGUUUUCAUAGAUUGUGUGGUUUUGGUAUGAUUUUCAUAUCAUCAAGGUUUGAUGCUGCUUAUUCUAACUGCGAAGAUUUAAUGUUUGUAGGAACUGUACAUGACUGUAUUGCUGUCUUAAGUAAAAGGAGCAUGACCUGAGGAAGCUGAGGAGUUUGGACAGGACUUAAAAUAUCUCUGCUCCCUCUUCAGAGAUGAAUGGUAGUGUCAGCGGGAUUGAUAAAGCAUCAUUUGGUAAUUACCAAUAGAAGAUCUUUACUGGUUGUAUAAAUUCCUGUAUUUAUAUAUAGAAUACAGUGUGGAACGUGAUCUUUUUUACAAAAAGAAAACAUUUUCUAGUUCUUUUCUACUACUGUUGCAUUAGGUUUAAUAGCUCUGUUAAGGGUUAGCUUACGUACUUGAAAUGCACAUUUCUGCUGUACAGAAGCCCAGUCUGUUUCUCAGCAGUUAUAUUCCAUUUGAAAGCAGUCUGGAGACUUCCAGGAGACUAUUCCUGUAGCCAGUUGGAGCUAAUACCAAAAUUCAUAGCAACUUCUGUAGGCUUAAUAGUGAUAACCCUCAAUGUUUUAACUGAAAAAAAAAAAAUCAUUUCGAAAAGGUUUUGGUUUUUUUCAGACUGUAGAAUUCAACUUAAAAUGUCACCCCCUCAUCAUCUGUAAAUAAUAAAAUAGCAGCACUGUUAACACUUCGGCAAACUAGCAAAAUGCUGGCAAAUACAGACCUGAGAGUAUUCCUGGACAAAUUGUCAUGAAUUUAGCUAUAGUGGUUAAACAACCUCCACCUUCAGAGCAGUCAACAGAAAAUUCAUAUAUGUACAUGGUAGGAUUAUAAACAUUUAUUUUAAAUAAUUGAAGACCUUGUCUCCCAGUUGACAGAAACACUUUCUAUAUAAAGUUCUUUGGGAUUUUGACUUCAUACAACCUGUUGCUUAUAUUAGUGAGGGCAGAAGAAGCUGGUGCAUAAUUUAUGUUUAACACACAGGUUCAAGCCUCUGCUGAUGUUCUCACGCUGCUUCCCAGCUCCUGUGUCUGGAUGACUUCCCAGAUGCUUGACAAGAUGAGACCCUUGACGUCUGCCCCCCCUCUUCUGUUCAGAAGAGCUGGACAGGUAGGCUAGGAGAAAGCUGUAUGAUGCUCCAGGAGACCUAGACUGACCCGGCCUUCAGGCUCCAGUCUGGCAUAGCCAUAGUGGACUAAAAUACUCUUGCAAUCCCCGCUGAGAGCUGUAUUUAGCUUGCCAUACCACUAACAAUUAGCAAUAGCUAAUGGAAUGUCCUUUAAUAGAGAUGUGUUUUGGCUAACUCCACAGCUGUCUAAGACUUCUGAAAAUACCAGAAAUUAUGGUAGCUAUUAGUAGAACAAGUAUGUAAGUGAGUAAUCUGUAUUUUAUUCUAUGGAGCAGUCGCUUUGGAAAAAUAUAUUUGUAGUAUGAUUGAAAGAUUAGUGUUAGGAUUGGAAAGAUACUGAAGGUAAAAGCAAUACAGUGCAGAGUUUAAAGUAGAAUGAAUUUGCAAAAAAGCCCCACAACUUCAUAUGAAACAAUUUUUUUAGGAAGCUGUGUUGAAUAUAGGUAUAGCUAUGUUAUAUGAGAGCAUGUGAACUGGAAGAUGAAACCAAGAAGAAAUGAACUAAAAGUAAAAUUGGUUAGUUUGUUGGAAACAGUGUGAAAAGCCAAAAAUAAAAUCCUGGCAAGUGCCCCAAAUCUCUACUAUGAAUGUUUAAAGUGAAUUAGCAUUUUAAAUCCUACCUUGAUUAAUCUAAAGUAUUAAUUGGAUAGAAAACUUUUUAAUUUAUUUAGUAACCUGACAAUGUCAUUAACAGGGAAAGAGUUACAGAUAAAACUGUCUUUCUCCCUGCAUUGGUUGAAGUAAGCUCUGCUUGGGACUAAUUCUCUCUGCAGUUACAGUCAAUUAUUAUGUGAAUGGGGAGGCUGAGGAAAGCUGUCCAGAGCUGCUUGGUCUGGCUUUUCAGGGAGGGAGAGCACGUGUGCUGACAAGUAGGGCCUGGGGGGCUCUUAAUCAGAAUUUUAAGAAUAUAUGAUUGUCUACUUGGACAGUUUGUGAAGGUUUACAAUGAGCACACAGACAUGCAGAUACUCACCGUGAAGGUUUCUAGUGCACUGUUCUCUCACAAGAUGCCAACUUUCUAUAUUGCAAUAGGCGUAUGGACGGGGGGUGAGCAAGCGGCUGCAUGGUGCUUAGUUGCCAGCUGGAGUUAAACCACAACAACCGCUUAGACAGAUUUCAGAGGAUUUUCUAUGGGCAUCUGUCAUUUGCGGUGUCUGUACUUUCUGCCCUGGAUUUCUCUCCUUAAAACGUGCACUUGGAAAAAUGGAGUCUCGUCCACCUAUAACAAAAAUUAUUAUUUUUCCCCUCAAGGAGCACAGCUUAUGAACUGCCCUGAAAUAAUUCAUUUCAUUAGCCACCUCUUACAUCAUGUCCUUUGAAUCCUAAAAGAGCUGAAACACGGGACCUCCCUAGAGCUGCCAGUUACCUAGUAAUUUAGUUUGUUGAAGAUUGUAUGUUGAGGGGAUCAUCAGAGGGCAAGACGACAUUCACAGCAGAAGAUGAGAUGUGCGAUAGAUGGGAUCUGUGCAUGAAGAGUACAAGCUGCUGGGGAGCUUGUGAGGUGAAGAGGGCCUGAUCUCUGCACCUGAGAUCUGGUCCUUCUGCAUUGCUGUCAUCACACACAAAUCAUUUAAUGACAUUUAAUACUAGCAGCUUCCUCUCUUAAUUCACAGUGAUGACAAAUAUACCAGCGAUAACAAAACUUCUACUGUCGUAACUGUACGUUCAGGGUAGAUAUUUCUUAAAUCCUGAGGGCUAUGGAAUUGCAUGAAUGUAUUUGUAGUGUAUGUUCUGGCAUUUAAAAAAGCAUUUAAUUUCAUCUAAAAGUAUUUUAAAAGUCCUGAGAGGAUCCCAGCCCAACGUGGAUGGUUUCUCUCAUUAGCUAGGCUUGUCACUUAAACUAGUACUCCAGUCAAGUACAGCUGUUAGUUCAUUCUGUAGUAACAUCCACUUACUUGCAUGAGUGGGUGCUUAAAAUGCACAUAAAAGUGUUGCAGAGAUGUGACACUGUCUAGUUUUCUGAAUAACUCUUUAUAUUUGGGUCUGAAUAGCAUUUUGCAGCAAAAAGGUGAAACACACAAUUUCCACUGAAUUGAAAAACAUGUUCAAUAGAAAAUGAAAACAUCUGACGUGAUUUGUACUGAUUUAGGUAAAAACUACGGCACGCUCAGUAGUUUCUGCCCUUCAUUUCCCCUUGGUCCUGCUCACACCACAGGAAAAUUCAUCGUCUUUGCAAACAUAUAGAUCUGUUGGGACUUAGGCAUGUGCUUACCUUUAAAUGGCAUUUUAGUCCCCCUGGGAGAUUGCUACCAUGUAUUUCAGUUUUAGCAUUUAUGUGUAAGCCUACAGAGGAUUUAGGUAGGUAGAAAUUGCUCCUCACAUAAAAGUUAUCCUCAGAUUGAUCAAUGGUAGCCUUUUAAAUGCCAUACCUAUGAAUGUUGUUCCCUUGCCAGUAGUUGCGUGUGCAUGUUUGUAGAGAUGUAGUAUCUAGUUUGUAGUCUAUAUGUGCGUGCACACCUGUACAUAUAUAUGUAUAUACAUACCCUGGUUUUGCCCAGAAUGCCAACUUGUGUGUAGAGCCAAAAAAACUUAAAACUAUACAAUGCUUGAGAUGCUGCAUUGUUUUUAUUAUAAUAUUUUUUAUAUCAGAUGAAUUGCAGGAUGUUUACAGAUGCUUAUUAAUAUUUAACUUAUACAAUGGAGUGGCAGGAUGUUUAUGAUUGUUGUCAGCUAAAGAAUUGUAUAUGAUUCUGGGUGAAAUUUUGGCUUUGUUGAAAUCCUUGGCAAAACUCCCACUGAUCUCACUGGGGCCAAGAUUAAACCCCGCUGAAUCUAUUGUUUACUGGCUAUUUUCCUACUGUGAUUUUUUUUUUUUUUUAAUGAGUGAGAUGUAUUUAUUUUUUCCCAAUGUGAAAUCUGCAGUUGCUAUUUGGAUUUUUCUACAGAGCCUGCGAACUCCAACACAGGUGGGAAUAUAUGCCUUAGAGAAUGUACAGAAUUUUUCAUUGAUCUGGUCCUUGGAUAUGUCUAAGAAAAUACCUUCUAAAAUAACUUUUGUAAGAUUUAAUACAGAAUCUUCUAAAAACAAACCACCUAUCUUACCUCUGCCCCAAAGAGGGCAUGCAGUGUGGCAGGUGAAAAUGAAGAAGUAUUUUCUGAUGAAUAAAAAGUAGGCCCUCCUAUUUUGUAUACCUGCUGAUUUCAUACUGCUCACCUGGCUCUGCAGAUCUAGAAUGAGACACUUGAAGUACCUCAUCCAAAAGUACCUUAUCGGAGGAAAAAAAAAGUUAUAUAUUAUAUGGCUUUAAACUUCUCAUCAAGACAUGGAGGUAUGUAUCUUCAGAGCCAGUCUGUAGAAUGCAUGGAUGAAUAAAAUUAUGAAAAUACUUAGUGGUAAGGCAAAUCAGACAACUGCUUGACCUUAGAGAAAUCGCUUGUUAAGAGACAGAAGGAUCAGUUCUUUAAUAGCACCAGGGAGGAAAAAUACUGUAAUGCAGCGCUUCCUAAAUCCCUUUCCAGGGUAUCUUUUAAUUGUGUAUGCUCUAAGUGUAUUCUUCCUGUAAAAAGACAUAAGGCUGUGAAACUGCUAAAUAGAUACAUCUUAAUUUCUUCAUCUAAGGCUAAAAAUACCAUCUUUAACAAGAGAUGUCAUGCACUUUGAAAUAUAUGUGUCUGGAACAGGUAAGUUUGUAUUCAUUGUAGAUAGUCCUCCCAGGGAUACAGUAGGAUUUGUAAAAUGAGUAGUUAUGCCAAUGUUAUCAAAAGCUGAAGAAAUAGCAAGCCAGCUGAAUUCCCCCAUUCAGGCUUUUUCUAAAGACACCUGUGCAAAUGCCCACCACUCCCAGGAAUCUUUUCCUAUAAUUUUGCUUUAGAAAGAAUCAUAUUCAGAUUCCUACUUCUCCCCUUGCUAAUCAGGAAGGAAGUAUGCACCUUGGUUGAACUUUCCAGGACUUUGUUGGCUAUAGAAACAGACCUCAAAAGAAUAAACAGUUGAGGCAACCAGUAGGCUCGUGGAGGAUCCACAGGACCGUGCCUGGGCUCACCAUUCUGCUGGAUCCAAUUACAGGUUUGGGGGGAAAAAGCUCCUGUUGCACUACGGCUGCUGCUGGUGGCAAACCUCCGUGGUUAUUAGUGAGAGCAGGCGGGUGCCCAAGUGGGCGGACAACUUCCCUUUUGCACGUUCGUUAUCUUUCUGUAAUUCUACUCAGUACUGGAGUUCAGGAUAUACCAUUAGUUGUCUGAAAGGCCCUGACGAGUAGAGGGUAUGUGAGGAGAUGAGGGGGGAGCGGCUGGAGGUCUGGAUUCUGCCUUUAGUUUCCUGCCGUGGAGCUGGUGCAAGACUGGGGGCAACUCACUUUAACCUUUGUGUGCCUCACUUUCUCCGCCUGUGGGAGUAAGGAUGCUUACCACCUUUGUACAGCCCCCUUGAGACCUAUAGGAAAGCACUGGUAUAUAAGCGGCUAAGUUUUACUGACACUAUUACAUGUAGUAUAAAUAAAUGACUUUUGUCCGUUACACUGCAAAAAUUGCUUUUCCUAGUUUCAGUUCUGACUAUUCGAUGACCUGCGACAUUCUGGGUAGUCAGUUUUGAAGCUUAGCGGUUGCUCUAGUACUUACAAUUACACACAUGGCGGGCUCUGUUUGCUGCAGAAAAGGGUAAAACUUUAAACUGCCUGACAAAACUUGCCAAUGAAGUAUAUCUAACAGAGCAGGGGUGUAACUUUGGCUUUAUUUACUUGUAAUAAUGGUAAGGAACAGUGAAUUUUGUUUGUUUACAUACUGUUUACAAUGGCACAGUUUUAUUUUUAAUAUAUAAAAAAAACAAUUGAGGUAUUUAUUGCAUAUACUAUUUUAAAGAUGUUUUAUGUGUUUUCACCUUUGGAAUAUAUUGUUACAUUUCCUUGUACAGAUAAUUUGGGUGGCUUUGUUAAUAUAGUUAGUAAUUUUUAUGACUACUAAGUGACCAGUUUUCCGUGCCUUUUUAUUGUUGGAUGCAUGAUUACAUAUUUAUUAUUGUAUGGAAGUCACUGAGAUGUGUAUUUUUGUAUUCUGCUGGAAGCAAUGGUUGAUUUUAUUGUACAUGAUAAGAGAUGCCUUCAUAUUGGGCACUCGUAUGAGAUCUUCCUUCUCAAAUAAACAGAAUGCAUUCAAUGUA